AUGGCGCCAAUUCUCAUUCUAGACGGCGGUCUAGGAACCUCUCUGCAACAAAAAUACGGUGUGGAAUUUUCGUCGUCAAAGACUCCCCUAUGGUCCACUGACCUCCUGGUAUCUGAUCCCAAAACCCUGCUCGCCUGCCAGUCCGACUUCGGCGAUGUCCCUGUCGAUGUUCUCCUCACGGCCACAUAUCAAGUCUCCAUACAUGGCUUCAAGAACACCAAAUCAGAGGACCAUCCCCAUGGUGUUGGAAAACAUGAGAUCAGUCGAUACUUGGCUACCGCGGUGGACGUUGCCAAACAGGCUGGAUCGGCUCAAGUAGCGCUCAGCAUCGGUCCCUAUGGCGCAUGCAUGAUUCCCAGUCAAGAGUACAGCGGCCAGUACGAUGCGGAACACGAAUCGAUGGAGGCACUUGAAGAGUGGCAUAGGGAGAGGUUCGAGCUCUUCGCCGAGGUUGACGACAUCAACUCGCGCGUUGGAUAUGUGGCCCUCGAAACGGUGCCGCGGCUGGACGAAAUCAGAGCUAUGAGGAGGGCUGCCCACUCUGACCCAGUGUUCUCGAACGUCCCUCACUGGGUCUCUUGCCUAUACCCUGGCGAGGGCGAGACACUUCCCGACGGUGCUUCGGCAGGCGACGCUGUAAGGGCAAUGAUGGAUCCGACUGACGGUCCACUGCCAUGGGGGAUUGGGAUCAACUGCACCAAGGUGUGGAAGCUGAAGGGCAUAGUGGAGGUAUACGGGAGCGUCAUUCGCGAGUUGAUCGGUCAGGGCAAACUUGACGAGUGGCCGGCACUGGUGCUUUACCCCGACGGUACAAACGGUGAAGUCUACAACACCGAGACGCAAACAUGGGAGGUUCCAUCUGGAAUUGAAACAGGAGGCAGGGAGAGCUGGGAAGAGCAGUUGAAGAGUGUAGUCAGAGACGCCAUUGCUGGAGGCGAGUGGAGAUGCGUCGUCGUGGGAGGCUGCUGCAUGGCCAGCGCGGAGGACAUUCAGCGGUUGAGGGCAGUUCUUCUCUCGGAAGGGCCUUGA